AUGAAGGUCUCAUUCGUCCUUGUCUUGUUGGCUCUCCUUGCCGUCAGUGCUUUCGUUUCUGCUCAAAAGGCAUACCCUGCCGAACAAACUGUAACUCUCAUCGGCCAACCAUCUGUCAACACUCGCGACUUUGCAGUUGACCUCCCAGCAAGCGCAAUUCUCCUCGCCAGAACUGACUCUGCAGAUGACGAAGAAGAAGAGGCUCACGAAGAAGUUUCCAUGGAAGAAAUGACUGACAGCGAAUCUACUUUGACAAGUGGUGAUAUUUUGGCUGCAACCACCACUUUGAAUGUGAGAUCAGGUGCUUGUACCGACAGAAGCAUUGUUAGAAAAUUGAGUCCAAAUGAACAAGUUAGAUUCAAUGGUGAUGUCAGAAGUGGAUGUGGAUACACUUGGUAUGGUGUUUCUGGAAGUUGGGGAAGCGGAUUUGCUGCUUCUGCUUAUUUGACUCCAGUUGGUGGAGGUGGUGGUAAUGGAUGCAGACAAUCCUACAAUUAUCCAUUGUUCAAGCAAUGUGAUGGUAGAUGGGGAAGUGACAGAUUGGGAUCUAGCACUGUCUGUGCUAUUGGUUGUCUCAUGACCUCCGUCACAAGUGCUUUGAACGGACGUGGAAAGAGCAGCAUGAAUCCAGGACAAAUGAACUCAUGGUUAAAGAGCAAUGGUGGAUACUAUGGAGAUCUCUUUGUCUGGGGAUCUGUUUCAAGAUUUGGCUUCUCCUAUCUCGGACAAACUCAAGACAAGGCUACCAUUAGAAACUGGCUCUGCUCUGGUAAGGUUGUUAUUUUGAACGUCAGAAAUGGUGGUCACUGGGUCCUUGCCAAGUCCUACAGCAAUGGUGUCUAUGAAGUGAAUGACUCUGGCUUCAGUGUUAGUUCUUACACUGAAUCACAAGUUGUCAGAGCUGCUGCUUUCAGUGCUUAA